CCUCACCACAGCAGCAGCAUGAUGAUGAUGUCCAACGCCGGGAACGCGAGCGUGCUGCACAUCAGCCCCAUGGUCACGGGCAAGGAGGAGAAGGAGAAGAUCAUCUUCAAGCGCCGCCUCGACGCGCUCGGGCUCAAGGGCCUGCCGGGCCACAUCACGGCGCAGAUGCAGCAAGUCGCAGUCGCCAAAGCCGACGCGCUCGUGCGCUUGGCCUCGCCCAACCCCAUGGCGUCGGCAACUUCGUCGUCGUCCAAGCCCCUCAUGAAGACCGCGUGGAACUACGUCAAGGACAAGAACGGGGUCUUGCUCUACGAGGGCCUCGCCGAGUCGGGCGAGUACAUGGUCAAAGCCACCGUGAACACAUCGAGCAGCGUCGCCAACGCGAUCGCACAGCUCCGUCUCGACAGCACCGAGCUGCUCAACGAAACCUUCAAUGCGCUCGGGAAGCCGGCCUUCUACACGGGCGACCACAUUCUCAGCGUCAACUGCGACCCGCUACCCCCGUUGCACCUCGCGUGGAUGGCGUGGUCGACCGAAGGCGUCGAGAUCAAGGACUUUGUCUUUCUCGCGCACGCUCAGCUCUUUGCGUCGCCGACCAACCAAUCGACACCGCGCAUUGGCACGAUGGUGUGGGAGUCGGUCGACGUCGUCGCCGCCCGGUACCCGAACGCGACGCGCGGUCUCUUCAAGCACACGGGCAUCGUCGUGACGGGGAGCGACGACGCCGACGACGAAAACUGCCAGAUCUCGCUCGUCUUUUGCCUCGAAAAGCACACCAAGCGCCUCAAGUGGAUGCAAACUUUCGCACUCGACUUUGUUGCGAGCCUCCGGACCGCGUCCGCCGCCCGCAUCGCGGUGGCGACGACCGCCGACUUUGGCGACGAGAUGCACUGCGGCGUGUGUCUCAAGACGUUUGGUCUCUUCCGGCGGCGGCACCACUGCCGCAUGUGCGCGCACGCCAUUUGCACCCAGUGCUCGACCAAUGUGAUGCUCGACCAGAUCGGCGAGAAGGGCCGGAAGGGUGUGCGAGCGUGCCUCCACUGCGCGUCGCGGCCCAAGCAGCACCGCGUGCUGCGCUCCCACGUGCAGAGCGACGACACGACGUCGCCAAAGAGCGUCCACUCGCAGCUCGUGUCGCCCGAGAGCGAGUUUUCCCACCUCUCGUCCGUCAACACCAACUGCAACAGCAACCACAAUAUCAGUAGUAACAACGUGCGUGCGACCGCCAACAUGAGCGCAAGCAGCAACGGCCCACUCCCGCGCAAGGCGUCAGACCAGUCGCUCUUUGGCACCGACCGCGGGCACCGCGUCGUGACCACAUCCACCAACAACAACAAUAGCGCACCGGGGCUCCGCGACUCGGCGCGGCUGCCAGCGCGACGCAUGUCGGGCGGCGUGUCCAACCCGUCGCUUGGCUCGCUCUCGACGACGGCCACGAGCACGCUCCACAGCCAAAGCGGAAGCUACCAAAACGUACUCGACGCGCUCGAGCCCGAGCCGAGCUUGGCGCGGCACCCGAGCGCGCCCCGGAUCGCGCCGCCGUCGCUCUCGCGCCAGUCGAGUGGCCAGCGCUCCGAGGCGUCGCUCUCUCGCCACGGCAGCAUUCCACGCAUUGUGCCCAAACCACGCUCUGAAGUCGGCGUCUCCCGCGCCCCGCGGCGCCCGCAGUCGAGUAGUGCGUCGUCGGCGCCCCGGUCCGAGGUGGGCGUCGCCAGCCGCGGUUUGCAGAGCAAAGCCCCGGCACCCGUGGUGCGCGAACGCGUCGGCCAGCACAUGAUCCAGCUCGUCGAGGACGCGGGCGGCAUGAUCAAGCUCGUGAACCCGCUCAACAUGUUCAACGAGCACGUCGAGAUGGACGCGCUGGACUCGCUCAUCGCCAAGCAGCCGUCCGACUUGAUCCCGCUUUUGGAAGAGAAUUUGUCGGCGGAGACACUGCCGACGCUCGGGUCGCGGCCAUCGGACCUCGCGUUCCGCCCCACGUUUAUCAGUGUCACGAGCGACACGGAGUUUUAAAUUAAUUUGCCUCGCAGUUCUUCCAGCCAAUCAUCU